AUGGCGGCUCUGUGGCUGAGGCGGGAGCGUCUCAUGGGGGUGUCGGGGCUGUGCCCUCUCAGAUUGCGAAAGAAUGAGUACGAUCUUCUGGUAAUUGGUGGAGGGUCUGGAGGCCUUGCUUGUGCAAAAGAAGCUGCUCAGUUUGGAAAGAAAGUGGCUGUUUUGGAUUAUGUGGAACCUUCUCCACAAGGAACCAAGUGGGGACUUGGUGGAACUUGUGUGAAUGUUGGCUGCAUUCCUAAAAAGCUUAUGCAUCAAGCAGCCCUUUUAGGGAGUGCCCUUAAGGAUGCCCAUCACUAUGGCUGGAAUAUAGCACAACCUGUUCAUCAUAACUGGUCUGUGAUGGCACAGGCUGUUCAGAAUUAUGUGAAGUCCUUGAACUGGGGACACAGAGUGCAACUACAAGACAGGAAGGUGAAGUAUUUCAACAUGAAAGGAAGUUUUUCUGAUCUGCAUACAGUCCGUGGUUUAACAAAAGCAGGUAAAGAGACUAUUGUUACUGCAGAAAAUAUUGUCGUUGCUACUGGAGGAAGACCAAAAUAUCCUACACACAUUGCAGGUGCACUGGAGUAUGGAAUCACAAGUGAUGAUCUGUUCUGGUUAAAAGAAUCUCCUGGAAAAAC